UGGGAUCGGAUUAGAUUUGCAGUUGGAUUUACGCGUGCGGCGUGCGGUGUGCAUUUGAACAGAACUCGAGAUGUUCUUGGAAUUGCGUUUUUAUAUUGUUAUUAUGAAUAUAAAAAUUUAAUUUAUUUGAAUAAGGUUUUAAGGGAGAUUUUAAGGUGGUGAUUUAUUUGGUGUGAGUGAAAUUUAAAAAUAAUGGUGCAUUUAAUCUCAGUUAAGGUGCGCGAAUUUGCCGAAUGCAUUCGGCCCGCAUCCAGUGCAGCGGAAGAAAUUAAUCAAAGUCAAUCGAUUCGGGAAAGUCAUGAGGGGCAAGUGGGUAGAAGUGCGAAUAGGGAUAGAAAUUGGGAUUUGAAGACGGUGGUAAAUAAAGCGGAUGGUUUUAAUGAAAACGUGGAUUGUGAUCGUAACAAUAAACCGGAUUUAGUGCCCAGUGUAGCGGAUCACGAUGAAUCGGAAACCGGAAAAAUUGAGGCGGAAUUUGCGCCGAGUGAACGCUGGCGGAUUUGGAAGAAUGUGCUCGCGUUAGGAUUUGCAUUUAUGUUGCAUUUUACUGCAUUUUGGGGCGCUUCCAAUCUUCAGAGUUCGAUUAACGCCGACGAGGCGCUGGGAACGUUUACGCUGGCUGCCAUUUAUGGAAGUUUGCUGGUAUCAAAUAUUUUUCUUCCUGUGAUUGUCAUCAAAUACUUAGGAUGCAAAUGGACAUCAUCGCUAUCAUUAAUAGCCUACAUGCCAUUUAUUAUCUCCCAAUUCUAUCCACGUUUCUACACGAUGAUCCCAGCAGGAUUAGCAGUGGGUCUUGGCGGAGGCCCUCUCUGGUGCGCAAAGUGCACUUACCUGACAGUUGUAGCUGACGCCUACUCACAAAUUGUAGGCGUUGCAAGCGAUGUAAUCGUCACACGCUUCUUCGGCGUCUUCUUCAUGUUCUAUCAAUUUUCCCAAGUCUGGGGCAAUUUAAUUUCUUCCGCAGUUUUGUCAACGGAUGUAACACCAGCGCCAUCUUCAAACACUUCAAUAACCUCACUUACCACAAUUUUACCUGAUUUUGAAAAUAAAUCACAAGAAAACAUCUGUGGAGCGAAUUUUCAUCCAUCUCGAAUCGAACCAACUGAAAACCCAAAUUUGGCGCCUCCACCAAUGGAGAAAAUCCAUCUGAUUGCAGGAAUUUAUCUCGCCUGCAUGAUUGUGGCGUGUUUGAUCAUCGCCAUAUUUGUGGAUUCAUUAUCUAGAUACAAUAAGAAAAGAACAGGCAGCGGAAGCGGAUUAUCCGGCGCGCGGCUGCUGGCGGUCACGAUGCGUCAGCUGGGCAAUCCGUAUCAGCUGCUGAUACUGCCGAUCACGAUGUUCAUCGGCGCGGAGCAGGCGUUUCUCGCUGCGGAUUACACUGCCUCUUUUGUUUCCUGUGGCUGGGGAAUCCAAAAUAUCGGCUAUGUAAUGAUUUGUUUUGGAGUUUGUAACGCAAUCUCAGCUCUGUGCACUGGAAGCAUAGUGAAACUCACAGGACGAGUGCCUGUAUUAAUUUGUGCACUUGUAAUUCACAUUGCACUCAUUCUUAUUCUACAAUUUUGGGCACCAGACGCCACAAAUACCUCAAUGUACUUCAUUGUUGCUGGAUUUUGGGGUCUGGCAGACGCCAUUUGGCUUGUACAAAUUAACUCGCUUUAUGGAAUAUUAUUCCCAGGACGUGAAGAAGCUUCCUACAGCAACUUCAGACUAUGGGAAGCCUCUGGUUCAGUGAUAACAUACGCCUACAGUCCUUAUUUAAGUACAAAAAUUAAAAUCAACUUACUUUUGGGUUUGUUAGUAGUUGGUUUUGUCGGUUACGCCAUUGUUGAAUAUUUAGAAAGAGGAAGUCGCUCCAGAAACGAUCGGAUAAUUGCAGAAAAGAACAAAUUUCAGUUGGUUGCUGCAUCUGCUGAUAAUAAGAACAAAACUAAACGUGAAAUAGCAAAUUAAACACGCGGAGAUAAAAUAUUUGACUUGAAUGAAUGGCGUCUGAUGUAAUGAUGAUUGCCUACAAUGAAUUAUCGAACUUAAUCAAUAACAAUGUAAAUAUUACAUUUAAGAGAAAGAUCAUAAAUAAUUAAAUGGUGUAUAAAUAUUGCCUGCGCAUUUAUACACAAUAAAUACGAAUAAAUACAAUAAAUAUAUAAUAAUAAAAUAUUAAA